UAUUGUUCCCGGUUUUGCAGAUUUUUUUGGUUGCUCGUGUGCGUGCGACCCUUGAUUUUUAAGAAGAAUUUUACUAAAUUUACGGUGUGAUUUGUGACAGUUAUUGAAAAGUCAUACGCCGAGAGCUAUUGUCAAGCCGGAGACAAAUUGUGAGAUAUCUUCGUCGUUCGGAUGACGCUAGAUCUGAAGUAAAGAAAAGUGGACCGCAAAGCACAUUUUUGCGAGAAUUAAUAAUUGAACCGUCUGCGGAGUCUUCAAGGGCGAAACAAUGCUAUCUACGAGAAAGGAAGUGGACGAGCAGGUCCACAAGCUCCUGGGCAAGAUGCUACCGGGAAAAGAGCGCGACUACAAGGGUCUGGCGGUGGCGCGUCUCUACAACAGGAUCAACGAGUACGCGAAGGCCAUUGAGUAUUUGAAUAGCUACCUACGCGUCAAAGACGAGGCGGUGGCCCAUAAGCUCAUUGCCAACUGUUACAAGAACCUUAAAACCCCCGAUCUACAAAAGGCUCUGCAGCACUACCAGAGGUGCAUUCAGCUGAAUCCCCGCCAGCCGGACGUCAUCAAGGAAGCCUGCCAGCUGCUACUCGACGAGAAGGGGCUGUACAACGCCGAGAGGGCCAAGUACUGGCUGGAUUUAGCUGCCGGAGAGGAUCUUUCCGAGAACGAACUGGUCUUUGCCCUUAAAAUGCGAGUGGAACACGGAGAGACCAACGGCAAAGUUGGAUCGAAAACUGAUGACGAAAACAACUUGGAGUUGUUGAUGCACAAAGAGCUGCAGUCACGUCCGCAAGACGUCAAUGUACGCAUCAGGCUGCUGCGGUGCUAUGUGGAAAAGAAGGACUUGGAACAGGCCUUCAACUAUGCCUACAAAGUGGAGCUGGAAGAGGCAAAGGGCUGCACCAGUCAAUCCACUCAGUGGUACGAGGUGGUAUGGCUGCUUCUGACUAAACUGGAACUGAUCAUGGCCAAGGAUGUGAAAAAGCAGUGCCGUUUCUGGUACUUGGCCCUACAUUGUCUCGACCGACUGAUGCAGCUCAGCCUAGAGAAGGGCAACUGUCUGGCUGACAGUACCAGUCAGCUCUUUCGUUUGGAUCAACAUCUGUACAAGUUCAGCAAUGUUCUGGACCGAUCCGCAGACUCCACGCAGAGGGAGCUGCUGCAGACCUGCUUGGAUCACUUCGGCGGUCAGCUGCUGCUGCAUGCAGUCGCGCUGAUUUUCAAGCGGGAACUUCUGGGAAGCAAAAACAAAUGGAUUGUUACAUUAAGAGCAGUGCUGCCAAUGCUGUUCCUGGGAUAUCAGCUGCGUGCGCCGAACGAGGGGCCAGAGAACCUGUGGAUGAAGCACUGUGACGCUGACCAGAAGACGCUGCUAAGGAUUUGGCGCCAGAACGGCUCCUUCCGCUGUGCUCAGCUAGGACGCACCUUGUGGGGCUGCUUGGAGCCAGAUAACCAGAAGGAGAACAACAACCCACAACAGACAUCUCACUCGGGCCUCUUCGCCAACUCGGAGGACCUUUUGACGUGUCUACGCCAGCAGUGUCUGGAUAAAAACUGGCGGCGUCAGCUCUAUCAGCAGCUCUUCACCCAUGCCGAGCAAAAGUUGAAGGAGCAAACUUCGCACCUGGUGCGACACCCGCGACUGCAUUCGCCGGUUGCUGAGUGGCCGGACUUGGCCGAAAUUGAAGGAUACGAGCAGGAGUCCCUGAGUCUGCCGCCACACUCUCUGAACAUGCAUGUUUACCUCGCCUUGGGCACGGAUCCCGAUAGCUUGGGCGAUGCACCUCGUGUAGUGUUCUAUGAGGCAUUCCAGCGAGAUGUGAAGCAGAGUCUGACCUAUUGUGGUUACGAAUCCCUUUCCCAGUUAGACAUAGAUGUGUUUCUUUAUGCCACGGUUAUCCAGGCCCAGCGUCGGCUGCAAAUCCAGCGGGAAACGUACGAGACCUCGAACCUGGGGAACCGCAGUGCUAACGCCCGACCGCUCAUGAUGCCGUACUCGAACAUCAUCACUCAACUGGCCGUCAUCGAGCAAACUCAAUGGUGGGAUAUUGUGUUGCGACUUCACCGAAACCAGUUAUACAACGAGGGAAAUCGUACUGAACAGCGGGCCCAGCUCCAGUUAGGUUUGGAGGCCGUCCGAGGGGUGAAUGGUCCAAAAGCCGAUGCUAUCAUCAUCUUCCAAUUGGGAAAGAUUCUGCAGUCGCGCUCCGAUCGCUCUGCGUUGGAGGCGCGCAUCGAAAACCUCUAUCGGCAGGGAUUCGCCAUGCUGCGUCGCCAGCAAAAGCAGCAAUUGGAGCCCUUUACGCGCGUCUUCAAGUAUGGAUCUCACAACUCAACGUCCGCCUGGCAGGAGUUGCAGUCCCUGGCAGAGCACGCCGUCUCCUACUUCAGCGCCAAGAUGUUCAAAGCGGGCCAGUACGAGCAGUUCGUGGACGAAGUGCGAGGCCUUAACCUGCCCAUGGCCAGUUACCUGCAGGCCGAGGCGUACCGCCAGCUGGAAGACUCUGGCAAGACACCGCGCGUCUCACGAGCACGGUACUCUGAGCGGCGUCGUGAAUGUCUGCAGCAGACGAGCGACCUCCUCCGCAACGAUGGCCAGCAUCCCCUGAGCUCCGUUAUCCAGCGUGAGCUGCGCCGGUGCCAGCAGAAUCGCAGUUUUCAGGCUGGGGGCGACGACAGCUUUGGCACGCCCGAGCUACACAACAACUCUUCGACCUACGAGGAUGCAGAGGAUGAUUUCUAUUCGGUGGCCGCAAAUCGGUCCCGCCGCCACUUAAACUCCACGACAACUCCAUCGACACCGCAGCAGGUGGUGGUGACCACCGCGCCAGCAAGUCUAGAACUGGAGCAGACUGUCAAGCAGAUCAGCAAGUCCCUAUGCCUGCUUAAGGAUGAUGUGAGCGUGGGCCUGGAAGGCGUGCUGCAAGAGAUCAAGAACCUGAAUGAGCGAUUCAAUGGAAUGGAGGAACUGCUUAAGAAACUAAAGAUUAGCUCCACUGAAACUCCAACGCGCGACGUUGAUCCUGCUGCCGCAUUGGGACUGGACGAUUUAUUCAUCAUUGAGGACGCCCUGGCGGAGCAGCAGCAGCAACAGACUGCCGCUCAUCAGGUAGUUCAGCCGGCUUAUGGGGGACCUACUGCCGGCUACUAUAAUGGUGUACCAAACACACCAUCCGCACAGGAACGCUUCUUGCAGGGCGCCUACGGUAGCCCCAUAUAUAACCAGAACCAGAUGUACAACUACUACGCUGCCCAAGCGCAGGCUCAGGCCCAGGCCCAGUUCAUGCGUACUCCACCGGCUCCGGGAUCCGGGAUUCCUCCGGCUAACAUGUUUGGACCCCGCAAUCAAAACUUUGGAUUGCCAAGCAUGUUUCCACCACCGCCUGCUGGUCAAGGUGCACCGUACAUUGAUCCCAUGGCGAACUUCAGUCAACCGCCCCCGAGUCUACUUCCGCCAGCGCCUCAAGCGGCUCCUCUUUCUGUUCCAGUUCCUGCUCCGGGUCCUCUUAAUCUAGUGGAAUCCAAAGGGGCACCUGGAGGAGGGUUCUUUAACGCAUCUUCGCCAGCUUUUGGUCAACAAACUAAACCAUUAAUAACUCCUUCGGUUCCAGCACCUGCACCAGCUGCUACUGCUUCAGUUUCUGCCUUACCGGCUACUGCUGCUGCUCCUUCGGUUUCAGUAGCUCCCCAAGCUGCUCCGGUCAACGCUCCGCCAAUUUUCAAUCGUGCUCUCAAUAACCAACCCGUUGAAAAGGAGCCGCCAGCCAAUGUGGUUAUCACCAGCUCGGAUCCGCUUCCCAAACCGACCGUAACUAGUGUCCAGCCCACUCUCAGUGUGACCAUUCCCGCCCAGCACAUCAAGCCUAGUCUGGUGCAGGCUGCGGCAGAUCCACCGCAAGUGCAACUAUCGGCACCCACGGCACCAUUCACUUUCAAUUUUGGAACUAACACCACAGAAAGCCCCUUCUCGUUCAAGUCACAGGUGGCUAAGGCAGCCGCCGAGAAGCAGAAGGAGCAGGAGGCAGCGGAUCAGGACCAGAACCAGAGUGAAACUAGCGAAAACAGAAGUGGAGCGGCAGACAACUCCACGGCGGAGGACUACGAUCCUCGGCCCGAUUUCAAGGCCAUAAUUCCGCUACCCGACGAGGUGGAGGUAAAAACUGGCGAAGAGGAUGAGCAGGUCAAGUUCAGUUAUCGCGGCAAGCUGUACCGUCAUGCGGACAAGGAGUGGAAGGAGCGGGGAACCGGGACUAUUAAAAUCCUUCACAAUACCACUACUGGCGUGUCCCGCGUCCUAAUGAGACGCGAUCAAACCCAUAAGAUUUGUGCCAACCAUACGAUUACCAGCGACAUGACCAUAGGGUUUGUCACUCAGGACAAGGACCAAAACAAGUUAAUUUGGGCUGCCAAUGACUUUGCGGAUGAGCAGCUGACCCUGGAGAAGUUCCUGUUGCGAUUCAAGACGUCAGAAACUGCGAAGGAAUUCAAAGAGGCGUUUACCGCCGCCGCUCAGCAAAGUUCCAAGACGAAGGAAGUGGAGAAGCCCAAGGAAAAGACCGUGGCUCCAGCUCCAGUUCCAGUUUCGGUUACCUCUUCAGCUAUUUUUAGCCAGCCCAAGAGCUUUGUGACUAGUACCCCGUCGGGAAAUAUCUUCAACAAGCCGCAGGAUCAGACCAAGCCCAAGCAGAGUGAACCGAACGCCGCUCCAGACGUAGCCAAAUCUCUCUUUGGCGGCAUGUCAUCACUUUCGACGGCUCCCCCAUCAUCUACCCCGUCGUCGUCAGCCGCCCCCUCGCCAUUUGCCAAUUUCAGCUUCACCACCGCCACAUCAUCUGGCCUUGGCACGGGAGCGACGCCUUUUGGAAAUCUCUCCUUUGGAAGUGUAUCAGCCGUGAACACUUCUGGUAACUCCACCCUUUUCACCACGGCUCUGGUCAAAGACAACACCCUGCAGCAGCAACCCCAGCCGACACCUCAGCUAAACAAAUCAUCUGCCUCCGAUGCCGAAGAUGAAUAUGUUCCCACGGCCCAGUUUGCGCCAGUUAUACAGCUUCCAGAUCUGGUAGAGGUGGUCACUGGUGAGGAGAACGAGGAAGUGCUCUUCGAGCAUCGGGCCAAACUAUUGCGCUUCGUCAAGGACACCAACGAGUGGAAGGAACGUGGUCUGGGUAACAUGAAGGUGUUGCGGGAUCGCAAAGAUCAUAGCCAGGCGCGCUUGCUGAUGCGUCGCGAGCAGGUCCACAAACUGUGCUGCAAUCAGCGCCUCCUGCCCGACACAAAGUUCUCCUUCGCUUUGAAUCUCAAAGCAGCUGUCACAUGGGCUGGCCAAGACUACUCGGAGGAGGAGCUAACCACUGAGCUGCUGUGUGUUCGCUUCAAGACGCCGGAGCUUUGCCAGCUAUUCCUUGAUGCGAUAAAGAAGGUUCAAGACGAAAUGGGAUCCAUCAAAAAGGAGGAGAAGGUCGACCCGCCAAAGAAGGUCGAGGAAGAGAAGCCAGUAAAGGGAUUCGGCGAUGCCUUCAAGCCCAAAACUGGAAGCUGGACGUGUGAUUCCUGCUACACAAGCAACGACAAGGACCAGGCGAAAUGUGUGGCCUGCCAGGAGCCCAAGGACAAAACUCUUUCAGCCAAACCAUCCGGUGGCUUGGAUCAAAGCAAGGCCCUGAAUUUGUCAACUAGUACCAGUGGUCAGUUCUCUUUCGGUUUUGCAAAGGGCGGCGCCAAUGCUACCUCAGGAGGAUUCACAUUCGGGGCUACCACCAACUCACCAUCCGUGGGGGCAUCGAAGAGCACUGGAACCACAGGAUUCGGAGACGCCUUUAAGCCAAAGGCAGGCAGUUGGUCCUGCUCUGGAUGUUAUGUGAGCAACACGGCGGAUGCUCUGAAGUGCAGUGCCUGCCAAGCUCCGAAGGAUGGCAGCACAGAGACCAAAAAGGAGACUCUGACCUCUGGAGUCAGCACAAACUCACCAUCCGUGGUGGCAUCAAAGAGCACUGGAACCACCGGAUUCGGUGAUGCCUUUAAGCCAAAGGCAGGUAGUUGGUCCUGCUCUGGAUGCUAUGUGAGCAACACGGCGGAGGCUUUGAAGUGCAGUGCCUGCGAAACACCGAAGGAUGGCAGCACAGAUACCAAAAAGGAGACUCUAGGCUCUGGAAUCACUUUGCCAGCUACCACAACAUUCUCGUUUGGGUUCCCGCCACAGCCUGCUAGUAAAGAUCCAUCGUCAGCCCCUGAUCAGCCACCGAAACCAGCCAGCAGUCUGUUCGGAUCAACAUCGUUCAAUUUUACACCAUCCCAGCCAGCUACGGCUGCCGUUGCUCCUUUUGCUGCUGGCCCAGCUCAAGUCGUUGCCCCUGCCGCACCGAUAGGAUCAACCAACUUUACCUUCUCCAUGCCCAAGCCCGCCCAGCUACAGCCAAAGAGUCCGAUUGCAGCAGUUGGCAAUGAGGGGGACGACAACGAAUACCACGAGGAGGAAGAAAACACCGCCUACUUUGCGCCCGUUAUCCCAUUGCCGGAUAAGGUUGACGUAAAGACUGGUGAGGAGGACGAAGAGGUGCUGUAUUCGCAUCGCGCCAAGCUCUACCGCCUCUGGGAAAAUAGCGAGUGGAAGGAACGUGGAUUGGGCGAAGUGAAGAUCCUUCGCCAUAAGGUAACCAAGAGGCUUCGUGUAGUGAUGCGACGCGAACAGGUGUUCAAGAUCUGCCUAAACCAUGCGCUCAACGAGCAUACACCCUCGUAUAAGAGGAAAGAUGAGAGGUCCUGGAUGUUUGCGGCUUAUGAUUUUAGCGAGGGCGAGAGUGUCCUUCAAAAAUUCACUGUGCGAUUCAAAAAUGCGGAGAUAGCCCAAGAGUUCUUCGCUGCCGUUCAGAAAGCAAAGGCUGGCCUUGUGGAUGUCCAAGAAGUGAGUGACUCCUCAGCCAACGAGUCCUCAACGCCCGUUGAGGAGUGCCCCGGAUGCCGGGGCUGCGACUCGGAGGCCUUCGUGUUCCCCAAACCAGUGGGUGAACUCGGAAAUAUUGCCGCUGAAGACGAUCCAUCCGUCACGCUUCCAAUGUAUCAGCCAGCUUUGAAACUCCCACCCCCAGGGUUCGCAGCAAACACGGCCAGUCCUCUGUUUAAGGCCAGUUCCCUGGGCACGUCAACCACAACGCCAUUCACUGGAUUUGGUAAUUUGUCAGUUUCUGAAGAAAAUAAGACUCCCAGUUCCGCCUUUCUCUUCGGAAGUGCUUCUAAACCCGCACCUGGAACUCCAUCCUUCGGAUUGAAGUCAUCUAGUUUUGGCUCCGCACCGCAAGGCAAUGUUUUGGGCUCCAUUUUCGGAGGGGUUGCCGCGGAUAACCAGAGCUUGGCUUCUGAUUCUGCAAAAUCAAUUUUCAGCGGGGUGCAGGAGAAGAGUGACGCCCCAAAAUCAAUAUUUGGUACUCCGUCCAAAAAUGAAGGUUCCACAUCCAUUUUUGGUAACGUAAGCUCCCAAAAUUCGGCGGUUGAUUCUUCCAAAUCCAUCUUCGGAGGAGUGCAACAGAGUGCCAAGAGUGACGAUCAAAAAGCAUUGUUUGGUGCUCAAAAAUCCAUUUUUGGCGGCUUGCAGCAAAAGCUUGAAGAUUCGAAAUCUACUUUUGGAGGCGGUGGUGCCGCCAGUGUAGGCGGUUCUGGUGGCUUUGUUUUCGGUUCCAGUGGCAAAGCCCCAGGCUCUAUUUUUGAACAGAAGACCACCAACUUGUUUUCAAAUCUUGCCAAGCCCACUGAUGACGGCGAGAAGCCGAAUGAGGGAGAGAAGAAUAAGGAACAAAAGGAUACUGAGAAAGAGCCGGAAAAGGCACCUGUCUUUGCUUUUGGAAAUGCUGACGAUAAGAAGACUGGAAGCACAUUUGCCGAUCUUGCAGGAAAGUCUGGAGGCACAUUUGCCGAUCUUGCAGCAAAGUCUGGAGGCACAUUUGCCGAUCUUGCAGCAAAGUCUGGAGGCACAUUUGCUGAUCUUGCCGCCAAGAAUCAGGGCACGGAGGCAGUGGGAUUCAAAAAGUCGGAGGGAGGCGGUUUUUACAACCUGACCCAUCAGAACGCGUUUAAAAAUUUCCAGUCUCCGCACAAUGAGUCUGGCAAGGAUGGUGGAGAUAACGAUGAGGACGGCGACGCCACCAACGACGACAACUAUGAUCCACACUAUGACCCGAUUGUGGAGCUGCCGGACGAAAUAGUAGUUACCACUGGAGAGGAGAACGAGACAAAGCUGUUCGGCGAGCGGGCGAAGCUCUAUCGUUAUGAUGCUGAUACUAAGCAGUGGAAGGAGCGCGGUUGCGGUGAAAUAAAGGUGCUGGAGCAUAAGGAACUGCAGCAAUUCCGCUUGCUGAUGCGACAGGAGCAGAUCCACAAGCUGGUCCUCAACAUGAAGCUCACCGACGAUCUUAAUAUGAACUACUUGAACGAACAGAAGAAGAGUUUCUGUUGGGCGGGCUACAAUUAUGCGGUGGACGCGGAAGGCAAGGUUGCCACCGAGGGAGCGUUGGAGAGACUCGCCGUGCGUUUCACCAAGCAAGAGAUAGCCGACGAGUUCCUCGCAAAGGUAACGUCGUGCCGUGAACGUUCCAGGAAAUUGGCCAACGACGCCGAAGAUGCCAGUAACAAUGUGGAGGUUUAAACCAUAACCGAUAGAUUGUAAAAAAAGUUAGUAAUAUGUAGCAUGAUUAUAAUCGAGUUAUAAGAUAAUCCUCUUUUAAGUAUUGGAAGUUGUAAUGCACAAUUUUCAUGUCCAGUUAUGGUAAUAAUAUUUAAGAUAAAAACAGCGGCGGAUGUCUGUCAAAAUUGCAUUGAAUUCAUUUAGUAAAAACAAUAUACAUGUAUAGUUAUGUUCGUAUGUUUUUAGUUAAGUAACUUAUGUAAGAUCGAUAAACUUUGAAGUUUCAAAUAAAAUAAUCAUUUCAUAAA